CCUUGCUGACCGAGCCAGUCCCACUCGGAGGAUCGCAUGAAGUGAUUUAGACCGUGAAGGAAGUUGUCGGGUCAUGCAGACGCCAGGAACAACGACUCCAUGAAGUCACUGAGCCGAGCGAGAGAGGCGCGUGGGCGCGUCGAUAAGUUGCGCCUACCGCUCAUAUGCAUGUCUGACCUCGAUGUACCCUCUCUCACUUACCUUCUCCCACGUGUAUGACUCUUGAGCUCUUGCGUGGUGUACUCCAGAACUCUAAAAAGUCGCGCGCUCGCGUUCACCGACCUCUUACUUGCAACUUAACAAGCAGCUCUCGGAGCACCUCAACUUUUUGGCACUCUGAGCUCACCUUUACUCACCUCGAACAUUUUCCCAAACGACUGAUGCCGCUCAGGGGCGCAACCAUACACGCAUCAAUAGCACUCCUUCUGGGAGUGCUGCCAUACGUAGCAGCUCAUGGAGGCGGUGGAGAGGAGAUGGAUAUGGGCGAUCAUAUGGCAGAAUUGGCAGCGCAGCCAGAGCAUAAAGCUCUGAAUUACUUCCGGCAUCCAGGUCAUUGGAAUUGGCACCUUGCCCAUACUGUGCUGAUGGUGGUGUCAUGGGUCAUAUGCAUGCCUCUGGCGAUUUUCCUCAGCGUGGCGCGCUCGCGGUGGCACCUACUGUCUCAGCUCUUGUUCCAUGUCGUGAACGGGCUUGGGUUAUUCGCUGGCCUUGUUUACAAUCGGUCGACACCUGACCUUUACGUGAACAAUGCGCAUCAUCCACUUGGCUGGGUGAUUGUUGCAUUCACCAUUUUCUGGACCAUGUCCUCGUUGUACACUGCGCAUGAAGAGCAUGCGCAGUCCGGGCGAUCCUCGAUAAAGCGACCAGGACCGCUGCCCAUCCAUGAGGCGUUGCAAUUGGAACUGCAGUCUCCAUACAACGAUGAGUUCUCUCCUCGUGAUUCGAGGGAUUCUGGUUUUGGGUCUCGACAGAACUCCACAGACAGCGUAUACCAGAAGCCAGAGGAGCCUCCGAGUGACCAAGAGUUCGAUGACGAGAAGCUCGACGAUAGAGACUCAGAGCAGAGAGCUUUCCUGGGUAGCCAGAGAGUGAAGCGCUUCUUGACGGAAGGCGCGCAACGUUUCUCUUCUGGUAGGAUAGCAAGUGCCGUUCGUAUCACUCAGAUCUUCUUGGAAAAGAUCAUCCUGCUGCUCGGCUUCGCCGGACUCACUUCUGGAUUCAUCGUCUCUGGAGGUCUUUUCCGCCACAAACAGAUCUUCUCCGGCCUGGCUCACUACAUCAAAGGCGGCAUCUUCUUCUGGUAUGGCCUCCUGACCCUGGGCCGCUGGAUGGGAGCAUUUGCAGAGUUCGGUUGGGCUUGGAAUGUGCGGCCUCAGCCCCCCUUGGUGUCUAAAUGGAAGUCGAUAAUCCCAUCCGCCGAGUUCACCGAAUCUUUUGUCAUCUGGCUCUACGGCGCAACCAAUGUUUUCCUGGAGCAUCUGAACACCAAGGACGGCGUGUGGACCGCAUCAGACAUCGAGCAUCUUAGCAUCACGAUACUGUUCUUCGGCGGAGGACUGCUCGGAAUGCUGAUCGAAUGUGGCUGGGUCCGUGAUCUGAUGAAUACGAGUGUCCUCGAUCAGAAGAGCAGGGACGUCGCUUGGUCUCGCUUUACUCUGUCGCACGCAGAGCGAGAGACUGAAGGUCAGCACUGGGAAGAGCCACAAUCACAUCGGACAUCUCUGAACCCAAUGCCGGCUUUGACGAUUAUGCUCUUGGGCAUGAUGAUGGGUUCGCAUCACCAGAAUAGCAUGGUCAGCACCAUGAUGCAUGCUCAAUGGGGAGGGCUCUUCUCGGCGUUCGCGAUCGCUCGGGGAGUGACGUACAUCACGAUGUACCUCAAGCCCCCGACUUCUCACUUUCCACCCAGGCCACCGAGCGAGAUCGUCGCUGCGUUCUGCUUGACGAGUGGAGGGCUGAUGUUCAUGAACAGCGCUGCAGAUUGCGUGUGGGCCAUCGAGAGCAACGGCCUGGAUGCCAUGACUAUUUUCACCCUCACCAUGGGCCUGAGCGGUAUCAUUCUGGCGUGGGAAGUGGUCCUCUUUGCGAUGAAAGGCUGGGCAAUGAGAAGAGAGCGUGCGGCCGCGGGAAGGCCACUUGCAUGAAGAUGCAUGGCGGAUAGAAGGGACGAGUAGCAGAUCUCGGCUCCUGUGAUGAGAUUAAUGAUACCUAAUGACUGGCUGGGAAUAGAAGGGGAUACGUCGCAGCACAGUCGGCGUCCGUCCGAUGUGGGACAAGCUUCAUUUCGUGAUACCCUUUUGCGCGGACGUAUUCUUGCAACCAGAGGCGAUGUGUUUCGGUAUUUAGCGUGCAAAGGAACUUAAUGUGAGAUUCUCAUGGAAGCAUCAAAUCGCUGACUUUUGCUGUCGCAUGUUCUCGUUGGCUCUCGUAUCGUGCUGUGAUGCUGAAGAAAGACGGAAUUCAGUGCAGUGCUGUUGCUCUCGUGGAAGUGAAGACGGCUCUCAGUCGAUUUAAUGUUGUCGGGUCACACAUAGAUGCGGCAAAG